CCGGUGAUCUGCAAGCGGACCUGCCUCAAGGGCCAGUGCCGGGACAGCUGUCAGCAGGGCUCCAACAUGACGCUCAUCGGAGAGAACGGCCACAGCGCCGACACGCUCACGGGCUCCGGCUUCCGCGUGGUGGUGUGCCCUCUGCCCUGCAUGAACGGCGGCCAGUGCUCGUCGCGAAACCAGUGCCUGUGUCCCCCCGACUUCACGGGUCGCUUCUGCCAGGUGCCAGCAGGAGGAGCUGGCCCCGGCCCCGGCAGCUCAGGCCCUGGGCUAGGCCGGGCCGGGGCCCUGUCCACAGGUGCACUGCCGCCCCUGGCCCCGGAGGGCGAGUCUGUGGCCAGCAAGCAUGCCAUCUACGCGGUCCAGGUGAUCGCAGACCCGCCCGGCCCCGGGGAGGGGCCCCCCGCCCAGCACGCAGCCUUUCUGGUGCCCCUCGGGCCAGGACAGAUCUCCGCGGAAGUGCAGGCCCCGCCCCCCGUGGUGAACGUGCGCGUCCACCACCCGCCUGAGGCCUCGGUGCAAGUGCACCGCAUCGAGGGGUCCCACGCCGAGGGCCCAGCCCCCUCCCAGCACCUGCUGCCGCACCCCAAGCCCGCGCACCCGCGGCCGCCCACUCAGAAGCCCCUGGGCCGCUGCUUCCAGGACACGCUGCCCAAGCAGCCUUGCGGCAGCAACCCCCUCCCCGGCCUUACCAAGCAGGAAGACUGUUGCGGCAGCAUUGGUACCGCCUGGGGUCAGAGCAAGUGCCACAAGUGCCCCCAGCUGCAGUACACAGGGGUGCAGAAGCCAGGGCCUGUUCGUGGGGAGGUGGGCACGGACUGCCCCCAGGGCUACAAGAGACUCAACAGCACCCACUGCCAGGACAUCAACGAGUGCGCCAUGCCGGGCGUGUGUCGCCAUGGUGACUGCCUCAACAACCCCGGCUCCUAUCGCUGUGUCUGCCCGCCCGGCCACAGCUUGGGCCCCUCCCGCACGCAGUGCAUUGCCGACAAGCCGGAGGAGAAGAGCCUGUGUUUCCGCCUGGUGAGCCCUGAGCACCAGUGCCAGCACCCGCUGACCACACGCCUCACCCGCCAGCUCUGCUGCUGCAGCGUCGGCAAGGCUUGGGGCGCCCGGUGCCAGCGCUGCCCGGCUGAUGGCACUGCUGCCUUCAAGGAGAUCUGCCCAGCUGGGAAGGGGUACCACAUCCUCACCUCCCACCAGACGCUCACCAUUCAGGGCGAAAGUGACUUUUCCCUUUUUCUGCACCCCGACGGCCCCCCCAAGCCCCAGCAACUUCCUGAAAGCCCCAGCCGGGCACCGCCACCUGAGGAUGCAGAAGAGGAGCAAGGGGUGAGCACGGACUCACCCGCGAUAGAGGACCAGUCAUCCCAGCAGACCCACCCGACCGCCACCACGGCCCCUGCGCGGCCCUACCCGGAGCUGAUCUCCCGGCCCUCGCCGCCCACCAUGCGCUGGUUCCUGCCCGACUUCUCCCCGUCGCGCAGUGCUGUGGAGAUCGCCCCCACUCAGGUCACAGACCUGAACGAGUGCGCCAAGCCCCACCUGUGCGGCGACGGCGGCUUCUGCAUCAACUUCCCCGGCCACUACAAGUGCAACUGCUACCCCGGCUACCGGCUCAAGGCCUCGCGGCCGCCCGUGUGCGAAGACGUCGACGAGUGCCGAGACCCCAGCUCCUGCCCGGACGGCAAAUGCGAGAACAAAGCCGGGAGCUUCAAGUGCAUCCCCUGCCAGCCCGGCUACCGCAGCCAGGGGGCCGCGGCCUGCCGCGACGUGAACGAAUGCGCCGAGGGCAGCCCCUGCUCGCCCGGCUGGUGCGAGAACCUCCCGGGCUCCUUCCGCUGCACGUGCGCCCAGGGCUACACGCCCGCGCCUGACGGCCGAAGCUGCCUGGACGUGGACGAGUGUGAGGCUGGGGACGUGUGUGACAACGGCCUCUGCACCAACACGCCAGGCUCCUUCCAGUGCCAGUGCCUCUCAGGCUACCACCUCUCCAGGGACCGGAGCCGCUGCGAGGACAUCGAUGAGUGUGACUUCCCCGCAGCCUGCAUCGGGGGCGACUGCAUCAACACCAACGGCUCCUACCGGUGUCUCUGUCCCCAGGGGCAUCGGCUGGUAGGAGGCAGGAAGUGCCAAGACCUAGACGAGUGCAGCCAGGACCCCGGGCUGUGCCUGCCCCACGGCGCCUGUGAGAACCUGCAGGGCUCCUACGUGUGCAUCUGCGACCAGGGCUUCACGCCCACCGCGGACCAGCAUGGCUGUGAGGAGGAGGAGCUGCCCCACCACAAGAAGGAGUGCUACCUUAACUUCGACGACACGGUGUUCUGCGACAGCGUGCUGGCCACCAACGUCACCCAGCAGGAGUGCUGCUGCUCGCUGGGCGCCGGCUGGGGGGACCACUGCGAGAUCUAUCCCUGCCCGGUCUACAGCUCAGCCGAGUUCCACAGCCUCUGCCCGGACGGGAAGGGCUACACCCAGGACAACAACAUCGUCAACUACGGCAUCCCCGCCCACCGCGACAUCGACGAGUGCACACUGUUCGGGGCAGAGAUCUGCAAGGAGGGCAAGUGCGUGAACACGCAGCCCGGCUACGAGUGCUACUGCAAGCAGGGCUUCUACUACGACGGGAACCUGCUGGAGUGCGUGGACGUGGACGAGUGCUUGGACGAAUCCAACUGCCGGAACGGAGUGUGCGAGAACACGCGCGGCGGCUACCGCUGCGCCUGCACGCCCCCGGCCGAAUACAGCCCGGUGCAGCGCCAGUGCCUGAGCCCGGAGGAGAUGGAUGUGGACGAGUGCCAAGACCCGGCAGCCUGCCGCCCCGGCCGCUGCGUCAAUCUACCAGGCUCCUACCGCUGCGAAUGCCGCGCGCCUUGGGUGCCCGGGCCCUCGGGCCGUGACUGCCAGCUCCCGGAGAGCCCGGCGGAGCGUGCCCCGGAACGGCGGGACGUGUGCUGGGGCCAGCGCGGAGAGGACGGGAUGUGCGCGGGACCCCUGGCCGGCCCCGCCCUCACCUUUGACGACUGCUGCUGCCGCCAGGGCCGCGGAUGGGGCGCCCAGUGCCGCCCAUGCCCGCCACGUGCCGCGGCCCAGUGCCCGACUUCACAGAGUGAGAGCAACUCCUUCUGGGACGCCAGCCCACUGCUGCUGGGGAAGCCCCGGAGAGAGGAGGACAGCUCGGAGGAGGAUUCUGACGAGUGCCGCUGCGUGAGCGGACGCUGCGUGCCGCGGCCGGGCGGCACGGUGUGCGAGUGUCCCGGGGGCUUCCAGCUGGACGCCUCCCGCACCCGUUGUGUGGACAUCGACGAGUGCCGAGAGCUGAACCAGCGUGGGCUGCUGUGCAAGAGCGAGCGCUGCGUGAACACGAGCGGCUCCUUCCGCUGCGUCUGCAAAGCCGGCUUCGCGCGCAGCCGUCAGCACGGGGCCUGCGUGCCUCAGCGCCGCCGCUGAACCGCCAGGGCCUUGGCGAUCGCAGACAGGUUUCUGUCGCCUGGACGCUGGGGCGACACUCAGGCGUUCCUGGGCCUCUCCUUUCUGCACAGACUAGAGGCCUGGACCGGGGACUCUCGGGACAAACCCUGCCCACGCCCCGUGUCCCAGGGCGACCCUAGAGGCUCUGCCUGGUUCAGAGACAGAUAGGUCUCUGGGGCGCUGCUGGCCUUCCUCCCAGAGGGGCUUUUUUAGAAACUGAUAAAUCGCGCCUUUACUCUUGGCUUUGGAAGCAAGUUGAUGUUCCUGUCCAUGGUGGGCUCGGACUUGGUGGGGCAGCAGACCCGGCCUUCUUAGAGGGGCUAGACGGCGCCCAGCACAGGGGUGUGAAAUAGAAUUUAUUGUGGCUCUGAUUAUGUACAGGUGAGAUGCGCCUGGCCGGAUGGGCUGGGCUCACAUGGUUUGUACAAUAAAUACAUCUGUCCAGCCA